UCACAGUUUGAUUGAAAAAUAUAACAACAACUGCGGGAAGAUUCAGGUGAGGUCUUAGCCGAUGGCAAUGUUGAUGGUGACCAGGCUUGCAAGAGUGGCAUGUUCGGCCACUUCAGGCGGCGGUCGCCGGUUAUUCCCGGGACCAACACCAGGUCGCGCGUUGCGCGGACCAAGGCAAAAACCGGGUUUCACAUUGUGCUGAUACACUAUAUAUAUGGACGUCUCUCAUUCUCAACCAUGGUCAUUCCCAUUGCUGUAUUCGUUUUCACUACCACAAUGGCCCUUGCUGCUUCUGUUCGUACCAAGCCGAGGGUCCACAUAAUACUGGCUGACUCAUUGCUUAGUGUGCUGAAAUCUGGUGAAGAUAUGGAACAUCAUAUCGAAGGUAUCACUCGGAUAUCCGGCCGGAGCCCUGGGUCAGAAUUUUCAAUCAAUCACCGGUAUGAAAUGCUCAAUGGCUACUCUGCACAUGUAACUGGAGCAUCGCUUUCUCGAAUUUUCAGUUGCCCCGAAGUUGAAUAUGUCGAAGCUGACGCCAUAGUUUCCAUUUACGAUGGCCUCCAUGAAGUGAAUGAGGGGCUUGUGACAGAGGUCAACGAUGUCCCAGCCGAACUAAGGGAUGACCCAGGCGAACUCGGAGGACGCGCCUCUAGGAAGCCAGUGGAGAUUAUAUUGGGAGAUUCCGGUAUCGACCGUAAGCACCCCUGGUUUCUGAACAGGGACGGACGACCCGCCGUUGAUGAUGGUGACGCCUUCGUAGAUUUCAACGGUCAUGGCACAAUGGUGGCCGGGAGAGCAGUGGGGAACAUUUAUGGCGUGACGACCUGGCCCACCAUUUUUUCGAUCAAGGUUUUCUCCAAAUCAGGCACAGCACCGACGACCAACGUAAUCGCAGCCGUCCAGCUCGCUUGCGACCGAUUUGCCUCCACCAGAUUCCAUACCAUCUUCAUAAUAUCCUUCGCCACCGAGUUUGAUCGCAUUCUUAAUAAGGUCGUCAAUGAUGCCGUCAGGAGGGGUUUGCACAUUGUAGUCCCUGCAGGGGACCACAACAUAAACGUAAAAGAGAGUGUCAGUCCUGCUACCGCUGUUCGCGCUAUCGCCGUUGGAGCUAUUGAAAGCUGUGGUCCGACUCGGGUUGCAUCGUUCUCCAACUAUGGACCUGCGGUUAACAUUUUUGCCGAAGGCACCAGUGCUCUCGUUCCUUUAAACGGCGGCGGGUGGGGGACUGCGAGUGGCACUGCGAUGUCAGCUGCAUUGGUUGCGGGUCUGUUAGCCGAUCGGUUAAGUCACCAGGAUAAUCUGGUGUCGCCUCGUCAGCUAAAGCAGGACUUAACGAGCCAUGCUAUCAAAGACGUUCGGGAUCCAACUGGAACAAACAAGUGGAGGGCAGUACGCUUCUAAUUCUAUUGAAAUAGAACAGUGCUGCAUGACCUGCUUCACAAUCUUUCCCCUGUGCUUUGCCCGCUUCUUGUACUCAGUCAUUUGUGUUUCUUUCAUUUUCCUGUUACUCUUUAGCAGGUGUGGAUGCACACGGUGAACCCUACAAAAAUGUGAGGGACCUGAACGUCGGCAGAGGCCGGCGAUUGAGUUCAAGUGGUUAAGAGACUUAAGCUAAUCAGAAGUCGCUGAACCAAGUCGAACUCGGUAUUACACUAGAG